AUGCCUACUCGCGUCAAUGGCUCGCCCAAACCUCGAUUCGAGCUUCCCGCGCUCGACUUGAACUUUGGAAGCAUCACCGACGGCACCAACAUCCCACCUCCUCCCGAUUCUCCCAAGGUACCUACGCCGCCUCAGACACCUCCAGCCAAGAAGCUUGACGCCGCUGUGGUCAAUGGGAGUGAGACUGACAAGUCUACACCACCAACAACAAAUGGUAAUAUUAUUGCUGGAAUCAAGAGACCUGCGGAUGACGCGCCCUUGAGUCCCGCUGGUUCUGCCAGACAGGGCAGUCUCCGCAGACUGUUUAGUAGGAAUAUGCUGAAUGCUAGUUAUACAGAGGGCAAUUUGAAUUCCCUGGAGAGCGGCAGCCUGGUCAACAGCAGCAGACCCCCUAGCCGCGGCGCCAGCAGUCUCAUGGCCGGACGAAAAUCGAGGCGGAACAGCUGGUUUAAGCUCUUUAGAGGCGGCGAAUCCAAGCGUUCCAGCAUUUUGUUUGACGACAUCACCUCGCCCCGGAAACCUUCUGGACCACCCCCACCGAUGAUUCCGGAGCUCAAGGACCUCGAAAAAGACGAAGGCAGCCUUGGGAACGACCUCUUCAAAAACAUCAAGUGA